GAGCAGCAGGAGCAGGAGGAGGAGGAGGAGGAGGAUGUGAAGAUGGCGGAGCUGCAGAUGCUGCUGGAGGAGGAGAUCCCCGGGGGCCGCCGGGCCCUGUUCGACAGCUACACCAACCUGGAGCGCGUGGCCGAUUACUGCGAGAACAACUACAUCCAGUCAGCAGAUAAGCAGCGAGCCCUUGAAGAAACCAAAGCUUACACGACGCAGUCCUUAGCAAGUGUAGCCUAUCUGAUCAAUACCUUGGCCAACAAUGUUCUCCAGAUGCUGGACAUACAGGCGUCCCAACUACGAAGGAUGGAAUCGUCGAUCAACCACAUUUCACAAACUGUGGACAUUCACAAGGAGAAAGUUGCAAGAAGAGAAAUUGGUAUUUUGACCACCAACAAGAACACAUCCAGAACUCACAAAAUCAUUGCACCAGCUAAUCUGGAGCGACCUGUUCGUUAUAUUAGAAAACCGAUUGACUAUACAAUUUUAGAUGAUAUUGGACAUGGAGUAAAGUGGUUGCUUAGAUUUAAGGUGAGUACCCAGAACAUGAAGAUGGGUGGGCUGCCUCGCACGACCCCACCCACCCAGAAGCCACCCAGCCCUCCUAUGUCAGGGAAAGGAACACUUGGGCGUCACUCCCCCUAUCGCACACUGGAGCCAGUGCGUCCUCCAGUGGUACCAAAUGAUUACGUACCUAGCCCAACCCGUAAUAUGGCUCCCUCGCAGCAGAGCCCUGUGAGGACAGCUUCUGUGAAUCAAAGAAAUCGCACGUACAGCAGCAGUGGGAGUAGUGGAGGGAGCCACCCGAGUAGCCGGAGCAGCAGCCGCGAGAACAGCGGGAGCGGAAGCGUCGGGGUUCCUAUUGCCGUACCUACUCCAUCUCCUCCCAACGUCUUUCCAGCCCCCGCUGGCUCGGCUGGCACUCCUCCCCUUCCUGCUACUUCCACACCUGCCCCUCCCUCUCUCGCUCCUGUUUCUGCCCCUUCCUCCUCCUCCUCCUCCUCCUCCACCGCCCCAGAUGCCACCGCUGCUGCCGCUGCUGCCGCUGCUGCAGGAAGCCAAACCCCUGCUGAUGGCUUCACUUCUCCAAAUCCCCCCGCUGUUUCUUCCACUCCGCCUACAGGUCACCCCGUUCAGUUCUACAGUAUGAACAGACCUGUGUCUAGACACACUCCCCCAGCGAUCGGGGGCUCUCUUCCCUACAGACGGCCUCCUUCCAUCACCUCUCAGACGAACCUUCAGAACCAGGUGAACGGAGGACCUUUUUAUAGCCAAAACCCAGUGUCUCUCGCUCCUCCUCCUCCCUCGAUUCUGCAGGUAACUCCUCAGUUACCGCUAAUGGGAUUUGUGGCCAGAGUCCAAGAAAAUAUUUCAGAUACACCCCCACCCCCACCUCCUGCAGAAGAGCCAGUAUUUGAUGAGUCCCCACCUCCACCCCCACCUCCAGAAGACUAUGAAGAAGAGGAGGCAGCUGUGGUUGAGUAUAGUGAUCCUUAUGCUGAAGAGGACCCGCCUUGGGCCCCCCGGACCUACUUAGAAAAGGUCGUGGCGAUUUAUGACUACACUAAAGACAAAGAAGAUGAGCUCUCAUUUCAGGAAGGAGCCAUCAUUUACGUCAUCAAGAAGAACGACGACGGUUGGUAUGAGGGCGUCAUGAAUGGAGUGACGGGGCUCUUCCCAGGGAAUUACGUGGAGUCCAUCAUGCAUUACUCUGAGUGAAGUCCCCCCCCCCCCCCGCCCCCUCUCCCCCGCCCCCAGACUGAACCUCUUCCCACGGAAACUGGCGGGGCUGCCUAGGUUUCCAGAAGGCCUUGAAGGGCCACUCGAGCGAACUGAAUGAAGGACGAUUGUAAUAAAACCACUAUUUUGGGUUUUCA